UAGCUUUUACAAAAGAUCAGUGUGCAGAAGGCUCUCCACUUACCACAUGCAUUAUGAAGCUAGAGCAGCGUUUCUCCGUUUCCGUUCUGCUGCUACUUUGUCUCACAUGGAGUGCAAAUGGAGGGAACAUUUUGGUGUGGUACACUGAAGGCAGCCACUGGAUUAACAUGAAGCCUGUGCUGGAGACACUGAUCAACAGGGGACACAAGGUGACGGUUUUGGUUCCCAGCACAUCGAUGUUCAUGAACGCCAACGAGCCUUCAAGCUUUGGCUACGAACCCUUCAAUGUCUCUGUCCCAUUGGAGGAGAUGGAGAAGUUUAUGGAAGAAUUUCUUCACUUUUCAAUGUACGAGAUGGAUCAUUUGAGCUACUUGCAGAUUUACAUCAAAUACAUGGAUCUGAUGAGGGUCGACCUGCAGUAUUCAUUGAAGUACUUGGAUGCAGUGCUGAAAUCAGAAACAAUCAUGACGAAGCUGAGAGAGGCAAAAUAUGACCUUCUCUUUUCUGACCCUAUCUAUCCGGGUAGUGACUUAUUAGCAGAUACACUGGGCAUUCCCCUGGUCUUGUCUCUGCGAUUUUCCUUAGCCCAUAACUGGGAGAGAUAUUGUGCUCAGUUACCAGCUCCACCUUCGUUUGUCCCGGGGGCUAUGAGCAAACUGACCGACAAGAUGGACUUCUCCGAGAGAGUGUGGAACUUCCUUUUCUAUGCGUUGCAAGACCUCGUCAUGUAUGAUGUUUUUUGGAAAGAACUCAAUAAUUAUUACUCUGACUUCAAAGGAACACCUGUGAGUGCUUGUGAGCUGAUGGGUAGAGCAGAUAUCUGGUUGAUACGAACCUACUGGGAUUUUGAUUUCCCUCGUCCUUCACUUCCUAAUUUCAAAUUUGUUGGUGGAAUCCACUGCCGGCCUGCUCAACCUUUGCCAGAGGAUAUGGAGGAGUUUGUGCAAAGUUCUGGUGACGCUGGCAUUGUGGUCUUCACUUUGGGAUCAUUCAUCAAGAACAUCACUGCAGAGAGAGGAAACGUGAUAGCCUCAGCUCUCGCUCAGAUCCCACAAAAGGUGCUGUGGAGAUACAGUGGAGAAAAACCAGCCAAUCUAGGAGCCAACACCAGGAUAUACAACUGGAUCCCUCAGAAUGAUCUACUGGGUCACCCCAAGACCCGAGCUUUCAUUACCCAUGGUGGCACAAAUGGGAUUUAUGAGGCAAUCUACCACGGUGUUCCCAUGGUGGGCCUGCCCAUGUUUGCUGACCAGCCAGACAACAUGGUUCAUGUUGAGGCUAAGGGAGCUGCAAUUAUCUUAAACGUGAACUUCAUGAAGCAAGAGGACCUUACAGAUGCAGUCAACACUGUAAUAAAUAAGAAGUCGUACAAGGAAAAUGCCAUGCAACUGUCCAGCAUUCACCAUGACAGACCAAUAAGUCCUCGAGAUGACGCAGUUUUCUGGAUCGAGUACACCAUGAGAAACAAAGGGGCCAAGCACCUAAGAGUCCAGGCCCAUGAGCUCACCUGGUACCAGUAUCACAGUCUGGAUGUCCUGGCUUUUCUCCUUUCCAUUGUUCUGUUCCUGAUACUGAUGUUCAUCAAGACCUGCAGUUUCUGCUUCCGGAGGUGCUGUGGCAGAAGGGGAAUCGCAAAGAGAAAGGCUGAGUGAAUGACUGAAGGAUGAAAAAAAAAAAGUACUAAAGGUUGUUCUGUUGUCAUUAAGUAUGCAAUGUGAUCCCGCCUUUAAAACAUUUGGGGCAGAAAAUUAAAAACAUUCAACUUUUAGGUAACACUGUUGAACUUUUGAGCUAUUUAAACAGACUAUUGAACCUAUUUGUCACAAUAAACUCAGGUUCAGUCUGAUAACUAUUGUUAACCUAAACACACAAAACAUAUAUUUGUUCUCCAAUAUAGUCUCUCCAAUCUUAGGCAAUUUACUUGUUUGAGUUUUAAUAACCAAUGUCUGAAGCAAUCACUACAAUUGCUAACAGGUGCACAGUCAUUUGCAUAUGUGCACCUGCACCAAAUUUGAUAUUAAACACUGAAUGUUCAUUGGCUCAGAAGAUUAAAAAAACAAAAAACAAAGGGAGUGCAGUCAUUUCUUUUAUUUGGAUAAUACUGAUGACAUCACAGCCUCUUUAGGUUUUUUAAUACAGUUAUACCACAUAUAUUACGACAGAUAUAGACACAUGGGCUGCAAAUACAAAUUUAACAAACAAAAUCCUGUAUUAACAUUUAUCAGUGAUGUAAUGAAACUAAAAGAAAAAACAGCCCUCUUAUGUCAUCAAUAAAGUUAACUGAGAAAUACAAAACUAAAUGUGACAUUCAAACGCUCCAACAGCUUGUGUUUUAUUCCAUUUAUGGGCGGGGGAGAAUGUUUUAUUAAAUCAUUUUUUCAGUU